AUGGGUCGUCGUGGUAAAGGUCCAAAGACUAAUAAACAAAAUGCAGUCCCUGAAAAGGAACGUUUUGUUCAAUGUUGCGCAGAUGUUACAUCUGAAUUAACAAACUCUUUGACAACAUCUUCAACGAAGGAUAUCAACCUGAACGGUCUUAUUAUCAAAUAUUCCAAGAAAUAUAAAUUGAGACAACAACCUAGAUUAACAGAUAUCAUUAACUCUAUACCUGAUCAAUAUAAGAAAUAUUUAUUACCUAAAUUGAAGGCCAAACCAGUGAGAACUGCAUCCGGUAUUGCUGUUGUCGCAGUGAUGUGUAAACCUCAUCGUUGUCCUCACAUUGCAUACACAGGUAAUAUUUGUGUCUAUUGUCCCGGUGGACCUGAUUCUGAUUUUGAAUAUUCUACACAAUCUUAUACAGGUUAUGAGCCUACAUCUAUGCGUGCUAUUAGAGCUCGUUAUGAUCCAUAUGAACAAGCUAGAGGUAGAGUGGAACAACUAAAACAAUUAGGCCACUCUAUUGAUAAAGUUGAAUAUGUCGUCAUGGGUGGUACUUUCAUGUCUUUACCUACAGAUUAUAGAGAAGAUUUCAUAACUAAAUUACAUAAUGCAUUAUCAGGGUUCAAUGGUAAUGAUCUAGAUGAAGCUAUUAAAUAUUCACAACAGAGUGUUACCAAAUGUGUUGGUAUCACAAUUGAAACUAGACCUGAUUAUUGUACUGGUACACAUUUAGAUGAUAUGUUAAGAUAUGGUUGUACCAGAUUAGAGAUCGGUGUGCAGUCCUUAUAUGAGGAUGUAGCUAGAGAUACAAAUAGAGGUCAUACAGUCAAAUCUGUAUGUGAAACUUUUGCAGUUGCUAAGGAUGCUGGUUAUAAAGUUGUUUCGCAUAUGAUGCCCGAUUUACCUAAUGUCGGGAUGGAAAGAGAUAUUGAACAAUUCAAAGAAUAUUUUGAGAAUCCUGAUUUUAGAACGGAUGGUUUGAAGAUCUACCCAACUUUGGUCAUUAGAGGUACUGGUCUAUAUGAAUUAUGGAAGACUGGUAAAUAUAAGUCAUAUAAUGCGAAUGCAUUGGUGGAUUUGGUCGCUAGAAUCAUGGCUUUGGUUCCACCUUGGACAAGAAUUUAUCGUGUUCAAAGAGAUAUCCCAAUGCCGUUGGUGACAAGUGGUGUCGAUAAUGGUAAUCUAAGAGAGUUGGCGUUAGCCAGAAUGAAGGAUUUGGGUACAUCAUGUAGAGAUGUACGUACUAGAGAAGUCGGUAUCCAAGAGGUUCAUCACAAAGUGUCUCCGGAUCAAGUUGAAUUGAUCAGAAGAGAUUACUAUGCCAAUGGUGGUUGGGAGACUUUCUUAUCAUACGAGGAUCCAAAGAAGGAUAUUUUGAUUGGUCUAUUGAGAUUAAGAAAGGCCUCAAAGAAGUAUACAUAUAGAAAGGAAUUUAUCAGUCAAAGAACAUCUAUUGUGAGAGAACUUCACGUGUAUGGGUCGGUGGUUCCACUACAUUCCAGAGAUCCACGUAAAUUCCAACAUCAAGGUUUUGGUACAUUAUUGAUGGAGGAAGCUGAACGGAUUGCUAAGGAAGAGCAUGGGUCUGAAAAGAUUUCUGUCAUUUCUGGUGUGGGUGUUAGGAAUUACUAUGCUAAGUUGGGUUAUGAGUUGGAGGGGCCAUAUAUGUCUAAGAUGAUUUAG